GUUUGCCUGGACUUGAUACUGAUGAUGCUGUGGGUAUUGGUUUAGGGGAUGGGUCCACUGAUUGCAGGCGAUGUUGGGACCAUACUUUUAUUACAGAAUUGUUCAUUUAUCUUUGUCAAGAUAGAAACGAGAUCAAGAUCUGGUGUAACGGAAUUACUAAAUAUACACGGGGUGUUUGA